CUGGGCAAAGCAAGAGAGAGAGUGAGCAUUCCCAAUUUGGCUGCUGAAGCGUCCACCACGUUGUCACUUCACCUCCUUCGCUCCGACCCAAGGGGAGACUGGAGAAUUGAAUACUUAAUACAAACAAAGACCCAAACAUCCACUCACCAACUACACAACAAACGAGAUCUUCCUCUCUAUGUGCUUGCUCUGGUUCUCUAUAAACCCCUCACGCAAUUUGUUCUUUAUUUUUUUAAAAUUUUUGUGCUGUCUUUUGGUUCCGAGUUUCAGCAACUCAUUACUUUUGUUUUCGUGUUAUUGUUUACUUCUCGGAUUGUGACCAUUGAAUCUGUGGUGGUUCAACUGCUGAUGUAUUCGCUACUCAAUAAAUUAGUACUCUAUUGAAUAAAGAAAUCGGUGAUCUUCGUGGGUUUCUGCGUGUCAGUCUAGUCAGUUUUCUUUGGGGGCGGCUGGAUGGGGCUUUAGGAGAAUGGGUAUUUGUUGAAUAACAUUAUUUUGCAGCAAAAAUGGAAACUUUGAACUUCUGAGGUCAGGCAUCAUGGAUCCAGAAACUGGGUUUUAUCAAAACAAAGCUAAGAAGGAAUCGUGGAGGACAGUGUUAACGUUGGCCUAUCAAAGUCUAGGCGUUGUCUAUGGAGAUUUGAGCACUUCACCCUUAUAUGUGUACAAGAACACAUUUGCUGACGAUAUUAUACAUUCGGAGACAAAUGAAGAGAUAUAUGGAGUUUUGUCAUGCGUUUUCUGGACUCUCACUUUGGUUCCUUUGCUCAAAUACGUGUUUAUAGUUCUCAGAGCUGACGAUAAUGGCGAAGGAGGGACUUUUGCUCUGUAUUCGUUGCUGUGUCGCCACGCCCGAGUCAACUCACUGCCCAGUUGUCAGAUAGCAGAUGAGGAACUAUACGAGUUCAAAAAGGAUAGGAUCAGUCCGGACCCAAAAUCGAAUUAUUCAUCAAAGUUGAAAUCUUCUCUGGAGAGGCAUAAGGUAUUGCAGAAAAUUUUGCUUCUGUUGGCUUUGAUUGGAACUUGCAUGGUGAUUGGCGAUGGUGUCCUAACACCGGCUAUUUCUGUUUUCUCUGCGGUUUCGGGGGUUGAGCUUUCAAUGGCAAAAGAUCAUCACAAAUACAUUGAAGUUCCUGUUUCAUGCAUCAUUUUGAUUGGCUUGUUUGCCCUUCAACAUUAUGGGACCCACAGGGUUGGAUUUUUGUUUGCCCCAGUAGUCGUACUAUGGCUUUUGUGCAUCAGUGCCAUUGGUUUAUAUAAUAUUGUGCACUGGAACCCUCACGUUUAUCAAGCCCUAUCUCCAUAUUACAUUUACAAAUUUCUGAGGAAAACACAGAGAGGAGGUUGGAUGUCGUUGGGUGGAAUUUUACUGUGUAUAACAGGUUCAGAAGCUAUGUUUGCCGAUCUUGGCCACUUUUCACAAUUAUCAAUCAAGAUAGCAUUCACAUCUUUGGUUUACCCGUCCUUAAUUCUUGCCUACAUGGGGCAAGCUGCUUAUCUGUCUCGGCAUCAUAUUGUUGAUGGCGAUUACCGAAUUGGAUUCUAUGUAUCUGUACCAGAAAAAUUAAGAUGGCCUGUUCUGGUCAUAGCCAUCCUUGCUGCAGUUGUGGGAAGCCAAGCCAUCAUUACCGGAACCUUUUCUAUCAUCAAACAAUGCUCUGCACUGGGUUGCUUCCCAAAAGUUACAAUAGUCCACACAUCAUCCAGAAUCCAUGGUCAGAUCUAUAUCCCAGAUAUUAACUGGAUCUUGAUGGUGUUGUGCUUGGCUGUGACAAUUGGUUUUAGAGACACAAAGCGCUUGGGUAAUGCCUCAGGUUUGGCAGUUAUUACAGUUAUGCUGGUCACCACGUGCUUGAUGUCUUUGGUUAUUGUCCUAUGCUGGCACAAGAGUGUCUUCCUUGCUUUAUGCUUUGUGUUCUUUUUUGGUACAAUUGAGGCUCUCUACUUCUCGGCUUCUCUUAUAAAGUUUCUUGAAGGGGCCUGGGUACCGAUUGCCCUUGCAUUCAUCUUCCUAAUCAUCAUGUGCGUCUGGCACUAUGGAACACUUAAAAAGUACGAAUUUGAUGUCCAGAACAAGGUGUCCCUCCAAUGGCUGCUUAGCUUGGGUCCAAGUCUUGGUAUCGUACGAGUCCCAGGCAUCGGUCUUGUGCACACUGAGCUUGUGUCUGGAAUCCCAGCCAUCUUCUCUCACUUUGUCACAAAUCUUCCAGCAUUCCAUCAGGUCCUGGUCUUCCUCUGCAUCAAGUCCGUCCCAGUUCCACAUGUUAGACCUGAUGAACGUUUCCUAAUCGGACAUAUUGGCCCCAGAGAGUAUCGACUCUAUAGGUGCAUCGUACGAUAUGGAUAUCGCGAUGUUCACAUGGAUGACAUGGAGUUUGAGAAAGACCUCGUGUGCAGCAUAGCUGAGUUCAUCCGCUCGGGGAGCAUCCACUGCAGCGGUGCAAAUCAUGAUUUGGUAAAGGAAGAAGACAAAUUGACAGUGGUCGGGACAUGUUCCACUCACACAGACGGAAUUCAAAUGAGCGAGGAAAACACCGACAAAAUAGAGUCGGUGGGCACGUCGGAGCUGGUGGAGAUUCGAUCACCGCCCUCUAUCCAACAAAGAAAAAAGGUGAGAUUUAUCUUACCAGAUAGCCCAAAGAUCGACAGGGUAGCACAGGAAGAGUUGCGGGAACUUGUGGAAGCUAGGGAAGCCGGGAUUGCUUACAUACUAGGGCACUCAUACAUGAGAGCAAAGCAAGGGUCUAGCAUGAUUAAGAAGUUUGUAAUAAGUUACGGAUAUGAAUUCUUGAGGAGAAACAGUAGAGCAGCAACAUAUGCCCUGAGUGUGCCUCAUGCAUCCACACUGGAAGUGGGGAUGGCUUACCAUGUUUAAACAGUUUUGGUUAUACAAUUUCUGUAUCAUGUUUUUUUU